AUGGAGAAGAUUUUCAAAGUAAUGCAUGUUGAUCAGGUGGAGGCUGUUGAGCUAGUAGCAUACCAGCUAAAAGAUAUAGCGAACCAAUGGUACAAUGAGUGGGAAGAUGCGAAGGGUGACAGUGCUAAGCCCACAUCGACUGAUGUUGGUGGAACAUCGAUUAUUUUGUUUCAAUUAAAAGGAAGUGAGAACUACACUGUAUGGAGUAAAUCCAUGCGAAUUGCAUUGUUGGGAAGGAACAAAUUAGGGUUAGUGGAUGGUACGUGUAGGAAAGAGUCUAUACCAAAUAGUCUACGAUAUAAGUGGGAAUGUGUGAAUGCUAUUGUGUUGUCAUGGCUGAUGAACUCGGUAGCAAGCAAUCUUAUAGGAGGUGUUGUUUAUACCACAAAUGCACAGGCUGUGUGGGAAGAUUUAAGAGAAAGGUUUGAAAAAAUUGAUGGAUCUCGAGCAUUCAACAUUCAUCAAGAAAUUGCCACAUGUAAUCAAGGCACUCAAUCAGUUUCUAUGUACUACACAAAUCUUAAAGAUCUUUGGGAUGAAUUUGAGUCUAUGAUUCCAGCACCUAGUUGCAAUUGCGAUAAGUCCAAGGAGUUCAUCCAAUACUUACAAAGACAAAAACUAUAUCAGUUUUUUAUGGGAUUGAAUGAGUCAUACUCUCAAGUAUGA